AUGCAAGCCGAAAAUAGAACUUAUGCGCAAGCAAUUGAAUGCUUGAAUUCUUUGCAAACAAAUGCUUCCAUCCUCAAAACAGUUAGUAAAUCAAAUAAUUGUCAUUUGACAGCUCUUCCAGAAAUGAGAGAAUUUUGUCAAAAGCUCGGUUAUGAGGCUCGAGAUUUUGAUAGUUUGAAUAUUAUUCACAUAACUGGAACGAAAGGAAAAGGCUCUACUUGUGCUUUGGUUGAAUCAAUAUUAAGGAAUUUCUAUUCAUCGCGUAAAGAAAGUAUGACAAAUAAGAUUCGAACAGGGUUGUUCACUUCUCCACAUCUUGUUGCUGUUCAAGAACGUAUUCGUUUGGAUGGGACUAUGUUGAGUGAAGAAGAAUUUACAAACUAUUUUUUUGAAUGCUGGGAUAAACUUAAAUUAAACGAUAUAAAGCAAGGUGAUGAUGAUAAACGAAUCAAACCAUAUUAUUUCCGAUUUACUACGUUAAUGGCAUUUUAUGUCUUCAUGAAAGAAAAGGUGGACGUUGCAAUUAUGGAAGUUGGAAUUGGUGGUGAAUAUGAUUCAACAAACAUUAUAGAGAAACCUACGGUCUGUGGUGUAUCAUCUUUGGGAAUUGAUCACCAAAGAUAUUUAGGUGAAACUGUUGAUUUAAUCGCGUGGCAUAAAGGAGGCAUAUUCAAGGCAAAUGCUCCGGCUGUGACUGUAGACCAGCCUCCCAUAGCUUUGGAUGUCUUGAAGAAGCGAGCAGAAUACGUUAAUGCACCAUUCAUACAAGUAGAAACACAUACUGAAGAAUCUUUGGGCAACAUUAAUAUCGGACUUGCUGGUCGGCAUCAACUUAUAAAUGUAUCCCUCGCAAUUGAGUUAUGUCGCAUAUGGCUUGAAAAAAACAGAAAUAUUAAAUUUUCUAAUGAAAGAGUUCCUCAAGAGUUUGUUCCUGGGCUUGCUAAAGUGCGAUGGCCUGGUCGCUCACAACAACUUGUCCUCGAAAAAUAUCCAAAAAUUACUUGGUUUCUUGAUGGUGCUCAUACAUUAGAGAGCAUUCAAGUGUGUGCUGACUGGUUUAAUGAAACUGCGAUUGCUAAAAAAAGUGUUGAACGAAUUUUGAUAUUUAAUUGUUCCGCUGACCGUAGUGGAUCUGAAAUGUUAAAACAAUUAAUUUCUAAAAAUUCAUAUAUCCAUUUUGAUCACGCUAAUUUUUGUACAAAUGUCACGUUUACUACGAAUCAAUUUAAACCCGAUUUGCAAAACAACACGAUUAGGAUUGAUAAAAAUCUUACCUUGCAAAAAACGCUUGCAGAAAUUUGGCCAACCUUAAUAUCAAAAUCACAAACAAGUGAUGCACAUGUUUUUCCAACGAUACAAAAUGCUAUUAAUUGGAUACUUGAACAUUGCAAGGAAAGUGAACGUGAAGUUCAAGUGUUAGUUACUGGGAGCUUACACUUAGUAGGUGGAGUAAUGGCUGUGUUAGAAGUCGAUGUUUAA